AGAUAAACGCGCGGGAAAGGAAUCUCCCAGGUGAGAGAACAAGGAGAUUCCAUAAACGCGGGGGGCGAAGAAGGAAUUUCUCGGUGGGAGACGCGAUUUGUGAAACUUACAUCCCCUUCUAUUUCCUUUUUCUAUUUUAUAUAUAUAUAUAUAUUCUAUUAUACAUAUAUAUAUAGAGAGAGAGAGAGAGAGAGAGAGAGAAAGAGAGAGAGACUGACUACUCCACUACUCUCCCAAAAAACCAAAGAAAGCAAAGAAAGAUUGAGUUGAUACUUUGAGCAGAGAGAGAGAGAGAGAGAGAGAUGCGUCCGAUGGGGAAGGGGAAACGGAAGGUUGCAAUGGAAUUGAUAAAAGAUAAGCAAUCAAGGAUGGUGUCUUUCUCAAAGCGCCGCCAUGGUUUGAUGAAGAAGGCGGAGGAAUUCCACUCCAUCUCCGGCUCCUCCAUCGCCCUCAUCGUUCUUUCCCAGGCCGGUCGACCCUUCGUCUAUGGCGCUCCUUGUUUUGAUUCUGUCAUCCAUCGCUUUCUUCAACAUCAAAUCAAUUUUAACAAUCACAAUCACAAUAAUACUAAUAAUAAUAAUAAUGAAUUAUUAUUAUUAACUCACUCCCACCCCGAUCCAUCGCUUUCUCUUCCUCAUGAAACCCUCCUGAUGGGAUUGGGGAGACAGGGUCAGGGUCAGGGUCAGGGUUCCAACCAAGAACAUCACAACGCCGCCGUUUAUGGGACCCACGCUCAAAGCUGCACUACCACCACCAUCCCUCCUGACCCAACUGCCCCUGAUAAUAAUAAUGUGGUGGCUCAUGUGGCGGAUCAAAUUCAAGAGCCACCAUGGCCCGCGGCUUUCUUGCCAGAUCCUACUUCUGAAUUUCUCAUCGCUCAGGGUUCCACUUUUACCACUGAUUCCGAUGAUCAAGAAGAAAACGCCCACUUUGACUUGAUCGACGUCGCUCCUUGGCUGGCGGCUUCGCCUGAUCACAGCUUUUACGCUCCUCUUCCUCCUCAUGACCAAGUGGUCGAUCACAGCUUUGACGUUCCUCCUCCUCCUCCUCCUCCUCCGCCUCAAAUUCUCAUCGGUCAGGGCUCCACCACUGAUUAUUCCCAUCAAGAAUACGACGACUACUUGCUUGACACGGCUCCAUGGCUGGCCGCUGCUAUGCCGGAUCACCCCUUUCACGCUCCUCCUGAAGUGGUCUCGUUCAGGGUUUCAAACACUACCACCCCUGAGAAACCACGUGGCGGCCACGGAACCAUGCCUCCCCACCUACUUUAAUUGAACGUGAGGGUUUGUGCAAAUUUAGUAACAUAUAUCCAGGAUUAACUCUUUGUUAACCAAAUUUUGAUAGAUGAAAAGAUGGGAUGUGUAAAGAUUGUUUGUUUGUCUGCAUCAUAAGCGUAGAGUAUGUAAUCAAACUUUGUUAUUAUUUUAUGGCAUUUCUUAAAUUUUGAAUUUUUAUAUUC